AUCUGCAGAAGUGCUAGUUUCUCGGCCACUUUAUUUUUUAAAAAAUUGUCACUAUGGCUUUCUCUAAUGCUACUUACCGAAGAAGUUCAAGUUCUUCUUUCCAGCCUACAGUACCAAGCCUAAGUAGUAGCACAAUCUACAGAACAUCAUCCUCCCAGAAAUACCGGGCACCCAGUGUUCACGGAGGAGCUGGUGGCUAUGGCACCCGUAUUUCUACGGGUGCCAAAUCCACCAUCAACUAUGGUGGAUUUGGCAGUGGUUUUCAACUCAGUACUUCCACCAGUGACUUGCUACUUGCCAAUAAUGAGAAACUUACCAUGCAGAAUUUGAAUGACCGUCUGGCUUCAUACUUGGAAAAGGUGCGCUCCUUAGAAAAGUCAAACACUCAUCUUGAAACGAGGAUCCGGGAGUGGUACGAGAAGAGCUCCCCUGUUGUCAAACAAGACUACGCUGAUUAUUAUAAAACUAUUGAAGACCUCCAAAACAAGAUUAUCGCAGCACGACUAGAUAACACCCAGAUCAUUCUGCAGAUUGAUAACACCAAGCUGGCCGCUGAUGAUUUCCGAAUGAAGUAUGAGACUGAGCUGGCACUGAGGCAAAAUGUGGAGCAUGACAUGCAGGGGUUGAUGAAGCUAAUUGACGAGUUAACACUGGUUAAGUCUGAUUUGGAGCAUCAGAUUGAAGGGCUGAAGGAAGAAAUGGCUUACCUUACGAAAAACCAUGAGGAGGAAAUGGAAGUGUUGCGGAAGCAGCUAGGCGGGACUGUCUCUGUAGAAGUGGAUGCUGCUCCAGGCAUUGAUCUAGCCCAGAUUAUGGACAACAUGCGCCAGCAAUAUGAAGUCAUGGCUGAAAAGAAUCGUCAAGAGGCCAAAGAGCGGUUUGAUAAGCAGGUUGAAGAAUGGAACGUGCAAGUGACCACCACUACCCAACAGCUUGAGAGCCAUAAAAGUGAGGUCACAGACCGGAGGCGCACACUCCAAAACUUUGAGAUCGAACUCCAAACCCAGCUCAGCUUGAAAGCGGAUCGAGAAAAUGCUUUGGCAGAGGUUGAAGCCCGUUAUGGCACCAUCAUAGCCCAAAUCCAGGCCAACAUUGGGAAUGUGGAAGCACAACUGAUGCAGCUGCGAAGUGACAUGGAGCGGCAGAGUCAGGAGUACAACAGCCUUUUGGACAUCAAGGUCAAGCUUGAGGCAGAGAUUAACACUUACCGCCGUCUGCUGGAAGGGGAAGACAGCAGAACGAUUUCAGAACUGGAGAUUGCCAGAAGAGAAGAAGAUGAGAAAGAAAAGAACAGAGUUCGGAGGAUCAAGACUGUGGUUGAAGAGAUGGUGGACGGGAAAGUGGUUUCAUCCAGCGUUAAUGAGAGGGAACAGAAGAUCUACCAAAACAUACAACAAGGCCAUUUUGCUUCACCCUCUCACCGGAGUAGGUUCCAACUGAGAUCUCUUCAAUACACCAUGGCUCUCUCCAUCCGCGCAUCAGCCGGGCCCCGCCAGUUCUCUUCCCGUAGUGGAUACGGUGGAGGUUCUGUCCGGCUCUCCAAUACCGGCAGUGCAGGAAGUUUUGCGGGUGGAUUUGGUGGCGGAUCUCUGCUCAACUUUGGUGGCAGUGGUGGUGGUGGAUACGGUGGUGGUUUAGGCCUUGGGUACGGUGGAGGGUUAGGUGGUGGCUUCGGUGGUGGGUUAGGAGGUGGAUUUAGUGGGGGUUCAGGUGGAGGAUUAGGAGGUGGAUUUAGUGGGGGCUUCGGUGGAGGAUUAGGAGGUGGAUUUAGUGGGGGUUCAGGUGGAGGAUUAGGAGGGGGAUUUGGUGGGGGUUCAGGUGGGGGUUUGGGAAUUGGCUAUGGGGCUGGUGGGGGAGGAGAAGGUGCCUUUUUAGUAGGCACUGAAAAGGAAACCAUGCAGAACUUGAAUGACCGCCUAGCCGCCUACCUGGACAGGGUGCGUUCGUUGGAAGAAGCCAACACAGAGCUUGAGCGCAAGAUCCGUGAAUGGUAUGAGAAAAAUGGACCAGGGGCUGGUGGUCCGGGGACUGGCCAAGAUUACAGUAAAUACUACCCAUUUAUUGAAGAUCUCAGGAAUAAGAUCAUCAGUGCAAUGAUUGAAAAUGCCCGGAUAGUUCUUCAAAUUGACAAUGCAAGACUGGCAGCCGAUGAUUUCAGGCUGAAGUUUGAGAACGAGGUGGCUCUUCGCCAGAGUGUGGAAGCUGAUAUUAAUGGCUUGCGUAGAGUCCUGGAUGAGCUCACGUUGACCAGAGCUGACUUGGAGAUGCAGAUUGAAAGUCUGAAUGAGGAACUGGCAUACCUCAAGAAGAACCAUGAGGAAGAACUCCUUGGAUUCCAAAGCAGUGCCGCUGGGCAGAUCAGUGUGGAGAUGGAUGCUGCCCCGGGAGUUGAUCUGAGCAAACUUCUGAAUGACAUGAGAGCGCAGUACGAGGCCAUUGCCGAAGAACAUCGGAAAGAGGCGGAAGCCUGGUUCAACGAGAAGAGCGGGGAACUGAAGAGAGAGAUUUCUACACACACCGAGCAACUUCAGUCUGGAAAAAGUGAAGUCACAGACCUGAGACGUACUUUGCAAAGCCUGGAGAUAGAGCUGCAAUCUCAACUUGCUAUGAAAAAGUCUCUGGAAGACACCCUGGCAGAGACCGAAGCUGGCUACUGUACCCAGCUCUCCCAAAUGCAGCUUCAGAUUGGAAAUUUGGAAUCGCAGCUCUACCAGGUCCGAGCAGACAUGGAAAGACAAAAUAUGGAAUACCAGCAGCUUAUGGAUAUUAAGGCCCACCUGGAGAUGGAGAUUGAGACUUAUCGCCGGCUACUAGAUGGCGAGAUUGGGUACGAGAACCACCAAAAAUUAAUGAAAUACCUAAGUUAGUUGUAGUUGGUUAGAUAUCCAAAUAAAACCAGGAAGAUCAAGACAAUUGUUGAAGAAGUCGUGGAUGGCAAAGUCGUUUCAUCCCAAAUUAAGGAGGUGGAGGAGAAAAUAUAA